AUGCGAGCGGUACUGCCGGGGAGACCCCCAGCGAAGCUCCAGUCGUUCAGCACGGUGCUGUGGGAUGGUCUUCGUGUUGUUGCAUACAUCUCUGGCCACGCGCUGGUCAUCCUCGGCGGUCCGCAGAAGCUUCUACAAACCAUUUACGUCGACGACACCGAUGCUCUUGAAGCUGUAGCUUUUGAAGAGACCUCGGGGAAGAUUGCUGUUUGUGGGGGCCCCGAUGUGUUCGUGUACCAGCCGUACGGCAUCCAGGGCGAGGCUUUAAAGUGGUCUCUCCUUUAUACGUUCCGCGCCGGCGAUGACAAUGAACCGAUCUACACGCUAUCGUGGGGUUCUCCGAACGAGCUCCUAGUGGGCAACUCCAGGCUCGCCCUCUGGUUUCUGAAUGACGAACCGCGCCUAGUAUGGAAGCGCCAGCUUGCAACUCCAGUGAAAUUCGCGCAAUUCUCACCAGAUUCAGCUUUGAUUGUUACAAUAGGCAAAUACGAUCGCUUGGCCAAGAUAUGGAGGCGGCUCGCGUUUGGUGCGGACGAGGUCCGGUUUGAGGUCUCGUAUCUCCCGCACCCGAAUGUCGUUACUGGGAUACACUGGCGAAUGCCGCGACACCCUGAGCAAUCUAUGGAUAAUGUUCUAUACACAUUUUGCGCCGACAACAAGAUCCGGGUAUGGGCGGUGACGGACCACCAUGCGCUAUCUCCGCUACAGUUCUGGGCUGCGAUUGAUAUGAGUGAGUCGGUUCAACCUAGACAUACCUUAGAUGAGGAACAGGGACCACAACGGCGAUAUGGGUUUGUCUUGGACGGCCGCGACUUUUGCGCCGCAACUGAGCGUGCCGUUCAGAGGACCGCAGGGAAUAAAGAAAACCAUGCACUGGAACAUAUCAUCGAGGUUGCCAGCAAAGCGCCGGAGAUCUGUGUCGUGAUUGACGGUCAGGGCCAUAUGUCUGCUUGGGCCUUGGAAGAUGUUGGUUCUAAAGCAAAGUCCAAGUUGAGCGUCUUCAAUAUUCUCCACGUGGAGGGUUUGGAGUUUGGAUUCGCAGCUGAUAGGUCGUUGCAAGAGGACUAUGCUCAAAUCCAUGCAUUCCAGAAUACAUCAUCGGACGACACAUUAAGCGUUCUGGUUCAUCACUUUGAUGGCCGGAUUGAGUGGUAUGAUUCCCAUGUUGAUGUUCUCUUUGACCCUGCACCUCGAACAAAACGAAUCAUACAGACAGCGUCAUGGUCCGGUCACACGGCUCCGGUCAAGAAGAUUGUCAGAAACGCCGUUGGGGAUACACUUGUGUCGCGUACUAGCGAAAACAAAGCAAUGGUGUGGAAACAGCGGCGCCAUGAUGGUGGAACAAGAUUGGCCCAUAGAAGCGUGGUGCUCUCUGAUGAGCAUAUCCACCGCACAUGUGUGUUGGAGAACAGCGGUCUUCUUGUCAAUCUCCACCAUAAUGGUAUUUCACUGUGGGAUUACGGUUCAUAUCAUGCAAAGAAACUGGCUUCAUUGCCAUUUGCUCAGGCUAGCAAGCCGCUCUGUGUGCUCCCAAUCCCCAGCACUGAGACCACUGCGGGCGUUGCUUAUGUAGCGACUAUCUGGGCAGAUAUGCAUGGCAUCGCUUGGGAAAUCAGAUGGCCCAACAAGGACAGUCGGGGCGAAUUUGGAAAUGGUGCUGGCUAUCAUCUACGAGAGUUCUGCAAAUUUGACAUGGGAUUGAAAGAAGACAUUGCAUACAUUCUUCCCGUCGACCCAGCCGGUCCCAAACCGAAACACUAUGGCUUCCUCGAUUCUUUUUCUGCCGACAUCGCUCUCUCAUAUACAUAUAGCGGCGUUGUGCGUACAUGGACCGCCAAGGUUGACCCUGCAAAUGCAAAGGCCGAAUGGCUGCUGCAAUCCACAGUUGACACUGGCAUCACGAACCCCUCUCUGGCCAGUGGAAGCUCCAUUCGCAAGGCAGCUUUGGUAGACGAGGAUCGGACCCGUCUUACCAUUUGGGAUACCAACAAUGCCCAGUUGGAAUUUGAGGAACGGUUCGCUUCACAUGAUAUCAUUCGGGAUCUUGACUGGACCUCGACACCUCACAAACAAUCCAUCUUGGCCGUGGGAUUCCCACACAAGGUUGUUCUUCUGUCACAGCUUCGUUACGAUUAUUUAGAUUCCCGACCUUCAUGGACUCAGGUUCGGGAGAUCUGGAUCCGGGAUCUCACACCCCAUCCCAUUGGAGACUCUUGCUGGCUGAACAAUGGUCAUUUGGUCAUAGGCGCAGGUAAUCAGCUCUUUGUUUGGGAUAAGGAUAUCGAUAUUGGAGACCGUCUGGUUUCUGAGCUUCGAAUGCCGUCUCGGGGACUGCCGUCCGUCGAUAUGUUCGACGUUGUUAGCCGGCUUAAUGGCCCGCUUCCUGUGUUCCAUCCACAAUAUCUGGCACAGUGCAUCCUGGCUGGGAAGACCAGUCUAGUACAUUCUAUUCUGUUAAACCUGCACCGGAAACUGAAGUUCUAUACCGAGGGUGACGAACUAGAUGGCUUCUUGGAGAUACCGGUUGAGUAUUUCUACGAGGACGAUGGCUCUCGACAAACGAUGUCUAAAGAAAUGCGCUCCUCGUACAUCGAUUCCACUGACGAGGAAUUAUCCUCUGUCAUGGAUGAAAACACUGCGACUGCACUUAACGAGAACUUGGCACGCAUUGCUCUCCCACAAUUGUCCAGCCACGAGCAAUUCCGUCUGGCUGAUACCAUUGAAUGUGUCGCAACGGUCGAGAAGCACAGGCGAUCAAUGGACGAUAAUGCAGCACGCUAUCUCCUGUUCUUCCGACAGCACAUGCUGCGACGGACUCAAGGAGUUGCCAACAAAGACGCAGUCUCAUGGCGAGAGAUUGUAUGGGCUUAUCACAGCAGCAGCCAAGACAUCCUCACGGAUCUAGUAUCACGACAGUUCAAUGGGAAGUUGAUAUGGAAGGCUGCUCGAGAGAGCGGUAUCUUCAUGUGGCUCUCGGAUCCGGUAGCUGUUAAAGCACAACUCGAGAUCCUUGCUCGGUGUGAAUACACCAAGACAGAAGAGCGGAAUCCCAUCGACUGCACUCUGUAUUACCUGGCUCUUAGGAAGAAGAAUGUUCUCCAGGGUCUCUGGCGUAUCGCACAUUGGAACCGCGAACAAGCAGCCACCCAGCGUUUGUUGUCGAAUGACUUCAAAGAACAACGAUGGAAGACAUCCGCACUCAAGAAUGCAUAUGCAUUGCUCGGGAAGCGACGAUUUGAAUAUGCUGCAUCUUUCUUCCUUCUUGCAGACCACCUACGUGAUGCUGUAAAUGUGAUCAUAAACCAGAUGGGUGACCUCCAGCUUGCGAUCGCAAUUACGCGAGCCUAUGAAGGAGACAACGGACCAGUUCUCCGAGAAAUCCUUGAGGAGAAAGUCUUACCCGAAGCUGCGUCGCAGGGCAACCGCUGGAUGGCCUCGUGGGCUUUCUGGAUGCUUAGACGGCGAGAUAUGGCAGUGCGGGCACUGAUCUCACCGGUCGAGACUCUCCUAUUACCACCGACCCCGGCCUCUCCAGCAAGCCCGGGGCGAGUAACCCUGCAAUCAAAAUCCUACCUUUCUAACGAUCCCGCCUUGGUCGUCCUCUACCACCAACUCCGCGCAAAGACCCUCCAAACCCUCAAGGGCGCCUCAAAGGUUCGACCCCAUGAGGAAUGGGAGUUUGUCCUCCGCAACGCCAGACUCUACGACCGCAUGGGCUGCGAUCUCCUCGCUUUAGAUCUGGUGCGCCACUGGGAGUUCCUAGGCGGAUUGCCCAUGAAGGACUCAAUGCACGCUAAUACUUCUCUUGAAAUGAAUGAGAACGGCGUUGAUUAUCGGAAGUUGCUUCGUCGGCGAAGUAGCCUGGUUGUGGCUGACUUGCCGGUGCGACUUUCAGACUCCCGGGUUCCUGUAGGGACCGAGACGACUGGGCAUGAAUCUAAGAAGGAAGAGAAGCCCAAGCCGAAACCGCCGCCGACUAUGUUCCAUGAGCCUGAUGCUAAUUCUUUGUUGGAUAGCUUUGGGUUCUAG